UAAGACUCCAACCACGCGGGGUUGGUGAGCAUUACCAGCCAAUGCUACUUUAAGGGCAUGCGAGACGCAACAAUUCGAGCAUGGGAUUUAAGACCGAGCCAAGCGUUUUACCUCGGCAAAUGAGCAAACUGUGGCUGUUAUAAAUCGUGGGAAUGCACAUUGAGCAUCAGAAACGACAGAAAGCUAUUCCUAGAUCCUGGAAAACAUGAAGUGGUUGGUGUUUCAUAGCCUUGCGCUGUGUCUUCUCUCUCACUCUGCACUCUCACAGACAGUGAUCAAGACUCUCCCAGGAUUCCCCGGUGAACUUCCUUUCUAUCUCGAAACUGGGUAUGUUGGAGUGGGAGAGUUGGAAGAUGUGCAGAUGUUCUACUACUUCAUCAAGUCGGAGAGGAGUCCAAAAGAUGAUCCUCUGGUGCUCUGGAUCACAGGAGGCCCUGGUUGUUCCACUCUCUCUGCAAUGCUGUACGAGAUUGGUCCAUUCACGUUCGACUACAAGAAUUCAACUCCAAGCAGACCAACUCUGAAAGUGCAUGAAUAUGCAUGGACAAAGGUCGCGAACAUCAUAUUCGUAGACGAGCCCGUCGGGACCGGGUUCUCGUACGCGAAUAAUUGGGAAAGCUACAACGUGAAUGACAAUAUUUCGGCCACUGAUACUUACGAAUUUCUCAGGAAGUGGCUUACGUUGCGCCCUGAGUUUCUGAACAAUCCACUCUACAUUGGUGGUGAUUCUUAUGGCGGCUUUAUCAAUCCAAUGGUCACUCUGAAAGUUGCUGAAGGAAAUGAAGCGGGCCGUAAACCAAUAAUGAAUCUUCAGGGGUACUUGGUCGGAAACCCCGUAACGAAUUUGCCAGGUGACAUAAAUUCAAGAGUCCGAUUCGCUUAUCUGAAGUCUCUUAUAUCCAAAGAGCUGUAUGAGUCAGCUUACGAGAAUUGUAAUGGCAAUUUCAUAAACGUGAACAAAAGCAAUGCUGCUUGUGUCGAUGACCUCAAACUCGUGACUAUGUGCCUGGAGAAAUUAGAUAUAGCAAACAUAUUAGAACCGAAUUGCUUCUAUAUGACUCCAAAAUCAACGUUGGAUGGUACGUGGGACCCGAGCUUAGUCAAUCGAGACCCUACACUUCUUCCCUCACAUGAUCUUCAUGGGCUCUGGUGCCGGAUCUAUAACUACGUGCUCUCCUAUACUUGGGCUAACGAUAGAGCCGUUCAAGAGGCACUUCACGUCCGACCGGGGACAAUUAGGAAGUGGGUUAGGUGCAACGAAAGUUUGUCUUACGAUUAUAGUGUCCCAGAAGUGAUUGAAUAUCACAAAGAGCUCCUAAAAAGGGGAUAUCGAGCACUUAUUUAUAGUGGUGAUCAUGACUUGGCCAUCCCGUACGUGGGAACGCUUGGAUGGAUCGAGACGCUGAAUUUAACAGUAUCUGAUGAUUGGCAAGCUUGGUUCGUUGAUGGACAAGUUGCGGGAUACACGACGUUAUAUUCUUACGGAGAAGCCUAUCUUACAUAUGCAACCGUCAAGGGAGGAGGUCACACAGCUCCAGAGUACAAGCCUAAAGAAUGUUUCGCCAUGAUUAAUAGGUGGUUUGCUUAUUAUUACCUAUAAUUAAGAGUAGUAAGCUCCCUUUAAUAUGAGGAUUUUCGUAAUAACAUCAUCAGUGUAAUAGCAUCUGGUGGAGAUGAAUGUUUCCAUCCCCAAAGCCAAAAGGUCCUCAAUUUGCAUGAAUGUUAUGCAAUCCAAAUAUGUGUUAUGGGGUUCCGAAUCGGCAUUGGUGUUCAAAUAGA